AUGGAUAAGUCAUUAACAAAACCAUAUCAAACGUUAGACGAAAAAGAAUAUAUCGAAACAGUUCAAAUUAUCGAUAUAAAAAAAUGUUUGAAUCCUGAUAACGUAGUUGUCAAUUAUCUACUUGAUCGAUCAUAUUCUGAUAUUGACGAUGAAAAAUUAUUUUCAAAUUCGUUCAAAUUUUUACAUGGUUACCAUCAAACUCCAAAUGAAACAUUAGAUGUCUCCUUCAAUCAAAUAGUUGAUGAACCAUUAUCAGCUGAAAAACUAAUUGAAAUUAUAAAUAAUAAUCAAUCAUUAACACCUUAUGUUGUUGAUAGCUUAAAACGUUAUCAUGCUUUACAUGAUAUGCAUACAAUAAUUUCACAAUGUUUAGAUUUGCAAAACGAUAUUAAUGAUAAAACUAUAGGUGAUCAAUUCGAAGAUUUAAUUGAUAAUCUAACAACACGUGUUUUAUUAACGAUAACAAUUGAAAGUAUGUCAUACGAAAGUCAACGUUUGCUAGCUAAUUUUAUUAAAAGAAAUGAUUUACCAAUACCCUUUACUUAUUAUGCAUGGAAUCCAAUUCUUGAAGAAUUGAAUUAUCAAAUUAAUUUCAAUUGUUUAAUUGAACCAUUAUGUUUAACAAGUGAUCGUCUAUAUUUACAAAUCGGCAGUGAUCGAUGUGCAGGUUUAGGUAAAACAAGUUUAUUACCAUUGAUAUUCAAUGACAAACGUAAUGAAUCAUUAUUCACUGAUGGUGAUAGAAAAUAUCGUAAUUCAUGUAUCGAUAUUUUAUUUGGUAAAACAAAACAGUCAUCAUACACUAUUUUUGAUGUUCAUGGUACAAUUGAUGAAAAAAAUAUAUCGUUAAUAAAAGCUAUUCAAGUUUAUACAGCACUACAAGUAAUAUAUGUAACAGAAGAUGAUCUUCCUAAUCCAUCGAGUAAUUCAAAAAAUGACUUUUUGAAUACUGUUAUGAACUAUUCAUCUUAUUCAUUAAGUAUACCGACAAUCGUUGUUAUAUUUAGUUCCGAUUUUGAUAAAGAGGACAAAACACAACAAUUAAUUAAUCGUUUUCAAAAUCAUUAUGCAAACAAACACUUUUCAAAUAUUUAUUGGUCGGUAUCAUCAAUGUCAACUACAAUGAAAGAUUUAAGUAAACCCAAAAGAAGACGCUAUGUGGAACGACUAAAAAGUCAAUUUUCUGAACUAUUAGAAGAAGUUGAAGGCAAAACAACAGCAACACAUUUGCAAUUUCGAUCAUGUUUUUCAAUACAAGAACUUUAUUUAAAUAUUAAAAAUAAAAAACCCAAUGACAAGUACACAGAAUUAAAACGUAUACAUGUGAAAUUUGACAUUGAAAAUCGAUUAGAAGAAUUAUUUAAAUCAAGUACAGAUCAAACAGAAAAUUUAAAAAUAAUGACACCAACAAGUUAUUAUCGUUCGGAAAUGGAUACAAUAAAGAAAAAGAAAUUAUCAAAUAUUAUAAAUAAUCCAAAAGUAAUAGAAGAAUUGGAUAUUGAUUUAAGAAAACUAGAAAACGAAAAAAGAUCAAAUGCUGGUUUUACUCGAUGUUCACUAUUUACACUUGAAUUAUUGAAUAAUCGCACUUAUAUUGAUUUGUUAAUAACAGAUUUUUAUCUAGAAAAAUGGCGAUUAAAAUACGUACCAGGAAUUAAAGAAGAAAAAGAAAAAAUUAAAUCCGAAAUAAAUUUACAUAAGAAGAAAUUAGUUGAGCAACAGAAAUUAGUCGAUCAAGAAAACGAAUCAGCUGCUGCUUCUAAUGAAAGUGUAGAUCAAAAAUUUUUAAAUGAUUUUAAAAUGUUAUGUGAAGAAGAUAAAAGAUUAAAAGAUCAGUUAGUAGAAGUUGAUAAAAAACUAGCUAAUGUUGAUUUAACAAUUGGUUUAUUCUGUGACGAAUUAUUUGAAUUAUAUGAUUAUUUUCAUGAUAACCAACCAGUAGAAUUAGAAAACGCUCUUGAAGAUUUUAUUAAAGUGGCAAAAAAUAUUGCAAAAUUGGUAAAUAAAGGUUUUCCUAUUCACAUAUUAAGAUCAAGACCAUUAAUUUGUCAAUCACGUUUAAUGAAAAUGGUACUGGAAAAUUUAUUUGUUAAGGAAGCUUCUCGAUUAGUUAUUUUAACUAUUGUUGGCGAACAGUCAUCUGCCAAGUCAUCAUUGUUGAAUUCAACAUUUGGUUGUAAUUUUCGUGUUAGUGCUGGACGUUGUACAAUUGGAAUGUAUUUAGGUAUAGUUUAUCACAAAGAUUUAGCAAUAAUGAUUCUGGAUACUGAAGGUUUAAUGUCCUUAGAAGAAAGUGGUUCAAUAUUUGAUAGCCAAAUGAUAACCAUGGCCAUUUUAACAUCUCAUUUAGUUUUAAUUAAUCAUAACGGAGAACUAAGUUCAAAUCUGGAAGGUCUAAUUGGUAUAUCAUUAUAUACUAAAUUACAAAUACAAUUAUUACCGUUUAAACCAAAAUUAUUAUUUAUAUUACGUGAUCAAAUGUCACGUGAUGAAAAAAUAUUUCUUGAACAAUUAAGUGAGUUUAAGGAUAAUUUACAAACAUCAUCAAAUUUUUUAAAAGUAUCAAUCGAUGAUAAAUGUGAAAUAAAACAAGACAAUAUUGUCGUUUUACCAUCAGCAUUUAAUAAAGAUUUUCAAAAAGAAAUAAAUAUAAUUCAACGUUGGAGAAAUCAAACAUUUGCUUAUGAAAUAAAUCAAUUAAGAAAAUAUAUACUUGAUUAUUUUCAUAAACAACAUAUUCACGAUAAUUUUGGUCUUACCAAUAUUGAUGCAUUGUAUAAUAAAAUAUCAAGUAAUUGGAAAACAAUUGAUGAAUUAGGUCAAGGUUUGUUAGAAUGUAAGUCAUUGGCUGAACUAAAUGUGACAAAUGAAUUAAAGUCAAAAGCAAAUGAAAUAAUACAAGAAAAAUCGAAAUUAUUAUUUGAAGACGGAACAAAAUUACUUCAUAGUUUAUUAAUGGGACAAACGCAAACUACAGAACCAUUAAAUAAUAAUAGUACAAAUAAUACUCAAGUAAGUUCGGAUAUAUAUUUAAAAAACUUUAUUGAAGAUGGUUUCGAAAAAUUACAUGAUUUGACUUGUAAAUUAAUUAAAGACGCAAUUGAUGACUAUGAACAAUCUGCACAAAGUUAUUAUGCUGAUAUAAAAUCUAAUAUUCAAAAAAAUAUUGAACCAAGAAUACUUUGUACAGAACAGUUAUUAAAACAACGUUUCGAGCAAGAUGUUUAUACAAUUGCAAAAGAAAAUGCAGCAUUAGAAAUACAAAAACAAUUAUUGAAUACUGCAAGAAUAUAUUUUGAUAAACAAACACAAACUAUAACUGAUAUAAAUGAAUUAAAUGCUGUUUUAGAUGAAAGAUAUAAAGAAUUAUAUAAAAAAUUUGAAGGUGAUAUAAAUUUAUUAAAAAAAUCAGAAUCUGAUAUAACUAAAACAAUAAUAAAUAUCUACAAUGGUAUAAUUAGAACAAGAAGAGGAACAACAGCAAAUCAAUAUGAUAUUUAUAAUCUUUGUCUAAUACUUGAUCCUAGGACAUAUCCUGAGAAAUUUCACGAACUGGAAUCGAUAUAUGUGUCAAUACAAUCAUAUUUAACUUAUCAACAAAAAUCAAAUAAAACUGAAAAUUUUUUAAAACAUAUUUUUAGCACCAACCCAUGGAAAACACAUCGUAAACUAUUGGGUUGGUUUAAUCAUCUUAAUCGUGAUGAUGAAUAUCAAAAGAAGAUGUUUUUAAGCAUAUCAGAAGGUCUUAUACCACAAGUCAAUAACAAUAUUAACACAAUGCUAUUAACAAUAAAACUAUCGUAUAAUGAUCCACAAUUAAUCACAAAUCUAAUUCAAUAUGUUGAUGAUUCUAUUAAAAUGCAAACUUCACCAAUACAACAAUAUUGGACUUAUCUAAAUGUUCCACAAAUAACAGCAGAUCUUAUACGUAUGGCAUUAAGAUUUUUAAUUGAUCAAGCUAAACAAAUAGCUGAUCGUAAACAUGAAGAAUUAAAACAAGAAUUGAAUCAAUUAAAAGAAUGGAAAAUUAAUAUACAAGAACAAUUUUUAUCAUUCAAAGAUUCAUUCGAACAAGGUCAAAAAUUUAAAACUGAUCUACAAAAGCAAAUUAUUGAAGAAAUAAAAAGAAUUUAUACAAGAAUUAUUAUUGAUGAUGUGCACACAAAAAUAACGAAUAAUAGUGAAAUUGAUCCUGAUAAGAUUGCAACUAAUGCUUAUAAUGAUAGUAUUGGUUCAAAUCCACCAAAUGCUAAUAAUAUAAUGAAAUAUAUAAUCGAUAUAAAUCGGUAUUAUUUAGAAUUAGCAUUAAAUAAAAUACAAAUAAGUAAAGAAACAAUUGUUACAAAUGAAAUUCAUAGAUUAGAAAAAAUUAUUUAUAAUUGUGUCGAUAAAGCUAUUGAAACUGUUGAAAAACAUGAUUGUCAUAAUAUUCAACAAGUUUAUCAAGAUAUCGUGAAAAAUCUUCAACAGAUUCUUCCAGGUUUUCGUUUAUCACCAAUGAUUGGUAUAUCAACUAAAAUAAAAGAUCCAGAUCGAUUUAAAGAAAGUUUUAAACAACUAUUAUUAGGUCGAACAAAGAUGUAUCAAGAAAUUAUUGAAUGCAAAAAUAUAUUUGCUACUGCAGCGACAGAAUCAUGUAUAAAUCUAAUAAAAACACGCCUUGGUUGUCAAUCGAGAUGUCCAGGUUGUGGAACAAAAUGUGAUAAUACUGAAAUUAAUCAUACAGAACAUUAUAGUUUACGUCAUUUAGGAGGUGCAUUUUAUGGUUGGAAAACCUGUGAAACAAGUAAACCAUAUUUAUGUUUAUGUUAUCAAUUGUGGUUAACAACUGCUGUUUAUCAUGGUGAAACAAAAUUCCAUCCGAGACAAAAAUAUUUUUCAGAACGCACACCAGCAUGGUUUGAUGAUUUAGAACAGAAAUCAAAAACAGGUGAUUUAUAUAACGAUUCUACACUACCAUUAGAACAAAGACGAGCUUGGAUGGCUGUACGACAUGCUUUGAUUAAACGUUACUCAACAUCUGGGAUGAAAGAUUUCGAAAAUUAUAAUGAAAAAUUUUAUCCUAAUAUUGAAAGUGUAUCAGCUGAUUUUGAGCCUAAAUGGAAUGAUAUUCAAUCAUAA